AACUAGCAUUAGGGUCCAAGAAGCCAUAAAAGCACAAAACUAUUAUUGCAAGGAAGUUAGCUGUUUCUGUUUUCUUGAGAUAUUUAUAAUUACAUAACAUAUUGAACUAGUAACAUGUAAGAAACGGAAAAACUCCCGAUCUGUUAGGUUUGUGUGCUUCUCCAGUGUAUUUUGAAAAAAUUGUAAAAGAAAGAUACAACACAGUAAUGUCAGAUCCAGAACUCGAGGCAAUACGACAGGAACGUUUGGCUCAGUUACAGGCACAACACCAGAGUAACAAUGUCAAUAAUAAACAAGCAAUAGAAGAGAGAAUACAACAGAUGGAAGAGAUGAAACAUUCUAUACUGACUCAGGUGUUAGAUCAAUCUGCCAGAGCAAGAUUGAAUACACUUUGUCUUGGAAAACCUGAGAAAGGAAAAAUGAUAGAAGAAAUGAUUAUUAAUAUGGCACAACGUAAUCAACUACCUGGAAAACUUGGAGAAAAAGAACUGAUCAGUUUACUUGAAACUAUAAAUCAACAGACACAAAAGAAAACAACUGUUAAAUUUGAUAGGAGAAGAGCAGCUUUGGAUUCCGACGAUGAGAUGAACUUAUAGCAAUUGUACAAAUUUUGAAUAAGAAUACUUUUAAAUCAGUAAAAUUCCUCUUCAGUUUGCCAUAGACAGUAACUCAGUAAAAUUCACUGUAUGUGCUAGUUUUGUACUCUGUUGUAUCAUUACUUUUAAAUGUAUGAAAAUAAAGUUAUUAUUGAAUAAAUGUUAAAUACUGGUAUAGAAUAUACACAAUUAGAAUCAUCAAAAAAAUUUUCUAUUUUGCAACUUAAUAUUGCGUACAUUUGUUUUUGAUAAUCUAAAAGGAAGA